AUGCCGCGCGAACGCGAUCUAAGUGCUGGUUUCAAGAAUGGGAUCUCCAUAAAGCGCGGCGUGGCAUUAACCGGUCUUGGAUUCGCGUACUUCACGUCACUAUUCUCGCUGCUGAACCUGGCGGCGCUGUCCACCGGCGCCGGCGCGCGCUUCCGCCACGCCUACCGCCUUAGUGUUGGCGACGUGCUCGACAUCACCAACAAACUGGUGUCAGCAGUGCAAGCGGCGCUGUCGUGCGCUACGGGAGCCAUCGUGUGCAUGUGGUCGUGCACGCGCGACUUCAUGCGCUCGUCGCACUUCAUGUCGGAGGCCUACGCCUGGUUCGGCGCCGCCUACUUCUUCUACGACAUAUGGUCCAUGUACAUGGUGAGUGCGCGCUACGGAGUGGAGCGGAGACUGGUGUCAGCAGUGCAAGCGGCGCUGUCGUGCGCUACGGGCGCGAUCGUAUACGUCCAAAUGAGUAAUAGCGCUGAGUGGAAGUCCAGGUUCCAGAAACGCGUCUCCAAGAAUGGCGAACUGGUUUUGUCUUCCGGAGACGGAGCGCGCAAGAAACCAUCCGCUUCCUUCCUGGAAUACUGCCGUCAUGAGCCUGUGAUCCUCAUGCAUCAUCUUUUCAUUGGAGGUUUCGGAUUCCUGGUCAUUGUGAAAGUUAUGGUGGAACUGCUUCCUUCCUUGAAAGGUCCAAAAGUAUACCAUCCUCUAGUGCUGUCCUCUGGUGACGGAGCAGGCAAGAAACCCUCGGCUUCCUUCCUGGAGUACUGCCGUCAUGAGCCUGUGAUACUCAUGCAUCAUCUUUUCAUUGGAGGUUUCGGAUUCCUGGUCAUUGUGGUGAGUUUAUUUGACGGUGAGCUGGUGUUAUCCUCUGGAGACGGAGCGCGCAAGAAACCCUCGGCUUCCUUCCUGGAGUACUGUCGUCAUGAGCCUGUGAUACUCAUGCACCAUCUCUUCAUUGGAGGAUUCGGAUUCCUGGUCAUUGUGUACUUCCGCGGCAGCUUCGGCGACUGCACGUUCGGCUUCGUGUACCUGAUGGAAUUAUCGACUCCUUUCGUGUCCCUCCGAGGCAUCCUGUCACGGCUGCGGCUGAAGGCGUCGCGCCUGUACCUGGCCAACGGGCUGGCCAUGCUCGGCUCCUUCCUGCUGUGCCGCGUGCUGUCGCUGCCCUACGCCUGCCUGCUGUACGCGCGCGCGCGACGCCUGCCCUACCUCGAGGCACCCGUCGCGGCCGCGGCUGAAGGGUCGCGCCUGUACCUGGCCAACGGGCUGGCCAUGCUCGGCUCCUUCCUGCUGUGCCGCGUGCUGUCGCUGCCCUACGCCUGCCUGCUGUACGCGCGCGCGCGACGCCUGCCCUACCUCGAGGCCGUGAAAUCCCUACCGAUCGGCUGCAAAAUCUCCAUCUGCAUCCUCCUGCUGCCCCAAUUAUACUGGUUCUACCUGAUGUCAUCCGGCGCCAUCAAGAUGUUGCUGGCUCCUCGCGACGCGCCGUCGGCCGGCGACGCCAAGCACAAGCGCAGCUGAUGCCGCCGCCGCCGCCGCUAGUCGGCGCCGCCGGACCCGCCGGGCCCACGCCGGUACCCGCCGGACACACGCCGGAACCCGCCGGACCCACGCCGGAACCUUCGGCGUUUACGUGCGGUGAGUCGUAGGGUGGUGUAAGGUGUGGUUUGGGCAUGCGCAGACGCCGGUUUUCUAUUCAAUUACUACGUAGUUAUAUGAAUCUUUUAGUGCUGGGUUCCGGUGGCCUAAUUCACGUAUUUUGAGCAAGAUCUCGCUGACGUUCAGAAGUCGUCCCAUUGAA